AUGGCUUUAAUUGAAGAAAGUAUUCUGUCUCGGCACCACGCGGAGCCCGACGCCGGGAUGCUGAACCCGUUCAUGGAACACAUGCCGGCGAUGAAGCUGAGCCCGGGCCACCACGCGACCCAUCCCCACGACGUGGCGGCCGCGGCGGCGGCGGCCCAGCACCACCACCACCAUCAUCACCACGUUCCGCCACAUUCUCAGACCGGGUUUGCGGCGCAGGGCUACCCGGCGCCCAUUUCCGGCGGCUACGCCAGGGACUUGUUCUCCAUUCGGCGGGACUUUUCGGACCAGCAACAGGCUGCCAUGUUUUCUCCGGCCAUGGAUGUCUCCAACAGUUUGUUUCCGGGCCUGGAACCGCCGCAACACCACCACCACCACCCGCACCAUCAAAUGCGGUUCGACUGGCGCGACGGGGCGGGGUACCAGUUCGGGAACCAACAGCCCCCGGGCUAUGGCGUCAACGUGAACANUCUGUCUCGGCACCACGCGGAGCCCGACGCCGGGAUGCUGAACCCGUUCAUGGAACACAUGCCGGCGAUGAAGCUGAGCCCGGGCCACCACGCGACCCAUCCCCACGACGUGGCGGCCGCGGCGGCGGCGGCCCAGCACCACCACCACCAUCAUCACCACGUUCCGCCACAUUCUCAGACCGGGUUUGCGGCGCAGGGCUACCCGGCGCCCAUUUCCGGCGGCUACGCCAGGGACUUGUUCUCCAUUCGGCGGGACUUUUCGGACCAGCAACAGGCUGCCAUGUUUUCUCCGGCCAUGGAUGUCUCCAACAGUUUGUUCCCGGGCCUGGAACCGCCGCAACACCACCACCACCACCCGCACCAUCAAAUGCGGUUCGACUGGCGCGACGGGGCGGGGUACCAGUUCGGGAACCAACAGCCCCCGGGCUAUGGCGUCAACGUGAACAUGCCGCAGCACCACCUGCACCCGCACCACGCUGCUGCCCAUGCCGGCGCCUUCUUCCGGUACAUGCGCCAUCCGGUCAAGCAGGAGCUCACUUGUCAGUGGAUCGACCAGGACCAGCCGAGCCCGCGGAAGGCGUGCGGGAAGUUGUUUGCCAGCAUGCACGAGAUCGUAACGCAUUUGACGGUGGAGCAUGUGGGCGGGCCAGAGUGUGCCACGCACGCCUGCUUCUGGCAAAACUGCGCCAGGAACGGGCGCGCGUUCAAGGCCAAGUACAAACUAGUGAAGGUGUAG